AUGCCCAGUGUAGAGUCAUCUACUACCACUCCCGAGGUCCCAAGCUGGAGCUUGGAGGGCAAGGUUGCUGUCGUCACUGGCUCGGGCCGCGGCAUCGGCAAAGAAAUCGCCCUCGAGCUCGCCCGCCGAGGCGCCAAAGUCGCCGUCAACUACGCCAACAGCAGCGAAGCCGCUGAAGCCGUCGUCAAACAAAUCAAGGCCCUCAACAACGGCUCCGAUGCUAUCGCUAUCAAAGCCAACGUCGCCGACACCAAGCAGACAGCCCGCCUCAUGGACGAGGUCGUGAAGGCCUUCGGCAAGCUGGAUAUCUGCGCUUCAAACUCUGGGGUUGUGUCUUUCGGGCACUUUCAGGAUGUUGAUGAGGAGGAGUAUGAUCGCGUCAUGACGAUUAAUACUAGAGGACAGUUCUUUGUUGCGAAGGAGGCGUAUAAGAGGAUGGAGCCUGGAGGUAGGAUUAUCCUCAUGGGAAGUAUUACAGGCCAGGCGAAGGGCGUGCCGAAGCAUGCUGUGUAUUCUGGCUCCAAGGGUGCGAUUGAGACUUUCACGAGGUGCAUGGCUAUCGACGCUGGGGAAAAGAAAGUCACCGUCAACUGCGUCGCCCCCGGCGGCAUCAAGACCGACAUGUACCACGCCGUGUGCCGCGAAUACAUCCCCAACGGCGACAAGCUCACUGACGACCAAGUGGACGAGUACGCCGCUACAUGGUCGCCGCUCCACCGCGUCGGCCAGCCCAUCGAUAUUGCGCGCGUUGUGGCAUUCCUCGCGAGCCAGGAUGGUGAGUGGGUUAAUGGAAAGGUCAUUGGUAUUGAUGGCGCGGCUUGCAUGUAA